UGUUUUACAUUUUAUAGGUUAGUGUUAAAGUUGGAAUUUCCUCAUCACUGGUAAAUGUUUUGGAUAUUUUACAUAAUAUUAUUGUAUCACCUAUAGAAAAAACAAGUGAAAAUAUAGCAAAUACAUUAGAAAUUAACAUGAAGAAAUUUUUUGAAAAUUCUAAAAAAAUUAAACUAGAACAGUUGCUUGAACGCAGAGUAAAAAAUCUUAUGAGUAAGUGGGAACAAUUAAAAAGAAAUAACUUCCUGGAAUUUCUUCACAAUAGUAAUGAAUUAUUGAUGCCAGCUAGAUUAGAAACUGCUAUUACUGCUAUCUGUGAAGAUAUACAAACAAUGUUUGAAUUAAUUGUGUUUGAACCAGAAAUAUUGCAUCAAAUAAAACCAGAUAAUGCAAUUAUUUGUGCCUUACUCCAAGUUCAAGAAAUAUCUUCAAGCAAAUUGAUGGAUUAUAUUGAUUAUUUAGUUGUAAAAGCACAACAAAAUAUAUCCAUGACUUCAUAUAUUCAAGACUUUCCUGGAUUAAUUCAUUUUAUAUAUGUUGACAGAACAAGAAAUUAUAUAGUUACUCCAUCAGUUCGUAUAAGUGAGCAUUAUACAGAAGGAAAUAAUAUGACUAAUAUAACAAAAAGAUUGAUCUGGAAAAUGGUUGAUUUUAGUUAUGAAUAUCUUGAAUCAAAUCAUCUAUCAGCAAUGUGGAGAGAGGAAAAUUAUUGUUUUUCUUAUUUUUUAUGGUUUGAAGAUGCAAAUGGAAAAAUCUUAAAACCAGCAGAAACUAAAAGCAAAUAUCAAUUACUUCCUGGAAUUUUAUGUGGAGAUUUUUAUGAGUUGCUGAUUAAAAACUUUUUUCCAAAUAUGUCUCCAAAGAACAUUAAUUGUUACGAAUUAUAUUCAAUGCAUCUGGCUCAAGUACCCAUGACAACAAUAUCGGAUCAGGCCCGCCGAUUAUCACUGUCGGCAUGGGAAAUGUCUGGAAUAGCACACAUUCCAAUAGACUUAUUAUAAAAUUACAUUUCAAUAAAAUAUGUACAGUAAAUAUUUUUAUAUAUAUAUAUAUACAAUGUUGUGUAACAAUAAUUAAAAUUAAAAAACAGACUACUUAGUUUAGAAAGCCAAG